UCCGGUAACCAAGAUUUCGAUAUUGGUGCCAACCCAUCUGCUGAAGAAGAAGAUGAUGGUCCAAUCCCAGAAGAUGCUCAAGUUGUCAACAAUGUUGUCUACUCCUUCCGUCUUCAAGAAACUCAAUUCGAUAAGGCUUCUUACAAGGUCUACAUGAAGAGUUACAUGAAGAGUAUCAGAAAGUACCUCCAAGAAAACAACCCAGAACGUGUCCCAGACUUCGAAAAGGAAGCUGUUGUUCUUUUCAAGAAGAUUCUUGCCAACUUCAAGGAUUACGAAUUCUACGUUGGUGAAUCCAUGGACCCAGAUGGUGCUGUUCUCCUUCUCAACUACAGAGAAGAUGGUGUUACCCCAUACUUCACCAUUUUCAAGGAUGGUCUUAAGGAAGAAAAG